AUGGUCAUAGGGACGUUCCUGGCAGCCAUGGACGGCACGAUUGUCGCGUCCUCGUACGCGUCUAUCGGGAGCGAGCUGCAUCAGCUCCAAAAUACAAGCUGGAUCGCGACAGGAUACAUGCUAACACUUGCCAGCUUCCAACCACUCUACGGUAAAUUAAGCGAUAUCUUCGGGCGCAAGCCGUGUUUGAUAUUCGCGUAUGUUGUGUUUGCGUUGGGAUGCACUAUGUGUGGACUGGCCAGAAAUAUGACGGAGUUGAUUGUUGCUCGAGCCAUCGCUGGUAUCGGAGGCGGCGGAAUGACGACUAUAGUUUCUAUCAUCAUGUCUGAUAUUGUCCCACUUCGCUCGAGAGGUACUUGGCAAGGUUUGGUGAAUAUCGUUUUCGCCACGGGGUCCGCAGCAGGAGCGCCCUUAGGCGGAAUCCUUGCAGAUAGCAUCGGCUGGAGAUGGGCUUUCUUGGUCCAAGUACCUGCGACUAUUGCUGCGAUCAUCUCGGUCUCCAUCGCUUUAAAGCUCCCGAAUCGCGAAGACUCACACCUGCGCGAAAAGCUCAAGCGUGUCGACUUUGGUGGGGCUUUUGUCCUAGUGCUGGCCAUUCUCGCCUUGCUGCUUGGUUUGGAUCGCGGCGGCAACAUCUCCUGGGAUGACACGAUCACCAUUGCGUCUCUCACAGCCUUCGCCGGACUCUCCGCUCUGUUUGUUCUGAUCGAGACGCGACUCGCGAGCGAGCCGUUCGCGCCGAAGCGCAUCGUGGUGGAUCCCGCACUCCUCGCGAGCUACCUGUGCAACUUUUUCUGCGUCGCAUCGAGCAUGACUAUCAUCUUCUAUGUGUCGUUGUAUGUUCAGGCCGUGCAGAACAGGAGCGCAGCCAACGCAGGUGUAGCGCUUAUACCCUCCAUCGUGGGCGGUGUGCUUGGAAGCUUGAUUGGAGGCCUUGUGAUGCAAGCUACGGGCAAGUAUUAUGUUUAUACGGUCGGCAAUUACGCUUGCAUGGUAAUCGGGACCGUGGUUGUCACCUUUACAACUGGGGCCAUCGUUCACUCGUUCGCUGGAAUGGAGAUCGGCCUUGUCCUGAUGAGCAUCGGCAACGGAAGCGGAAUCACGACAACCCUCAUCGCUCUCAUCGCGAAUGCGGGUGCAGGAGACCAAGCAGUUGCCACGGCAGUGUCCUACCUCUUCCGCUCGUUGGGAUCUGUCGUCGGCCUCUCCGUAGGCAGCACACUCUUUCAAAAUACCCUCCGAAAAUACCUUCACGAGCGAUUGCUCGGACAAGACGUCGAUGAGAUCGUCCAUCGCGUGCGCGAGUCUCUCAACUACGUGGACCAGCUUGAGCCUGCCGUUCGCGCGAUUGUGAGGACGUCAUACGAGGAGGCGUUGCAGGCGACAUUCUGGUUUGCGGUCGUGCUCUCCGUUUUGGCUUUGGUUUCGUCAUUCUUCAUCAAAGAAAAGCCGCUGCUGCACUCUGGGAGAGACUGA